AAGUCGAUCGCCAACAUCUUCGCAGCUCGUAACAUCGUCACUGCCAAGGAUGCCUUGUCUUUGACUGAAUUUCAGUUGAUGGAGUUGUUAGAUGUGGGGUGGGCAGAAGUAACGUCUGCAGUAGCACACAUCAGUGCAAUUGUGUGUCCACCAUAUCAAAGUGCAUUAUCACUAAUGGAGCAGCGGGUUAAAAAUGAGCACUUGGCUGGCCAUCUUCCUACAGGCCUGAAAGGAUUAGAUGAAGCCUUAUGUGGUGGGAUACCAUUUGGUGUUUUGACAGAGUUGGUUGGUCCAGCUGGAAUUGGCAAAACACAAUUUAAGCUAGAAGGGAUCAACCACUGGCAUCUGCAGUUCACCGAAAAUAAAGAUAGCAUUAAAUCCCAACUACAGAGGCAAUAUGCAGCUCCUUUUUUUCAAUUAACUGUUGUACGGGAUGCUUGGGAAAUUGAAGGCCACAAUGUACUUUAUCAAAACAUAAUCCAAAUUAUUUUCGUUCUUCCUUACAGCAGCUUCAAAUUGGACAACUUCUUUUUACUUAACAGGAGCUAAUUAUGUUCACUGCACUUGGAAGGUGUGUUUGGCAAAGAUGAAAAUUUUAAAAUGAUCAUUGCUUUGUAGACGUGUUGAAAGGAUGUUUUAUGCUACUUAGAUAGACAUUUCAUUGCGCAUCCCGGUGUAUAAAGGAAAUUGGACUCUUUGACGAGUCAAUGCUGCAUCUAUGUAUUGGCAAUGAGCUGAGGCAAUUUAUUAUUUGGUGAAAAUAAUGAUAGAAAAUUGUAGCCUUUAUUAGCUUUCAGUUUCCCUUUUUUUAGACCUAUCUACUGUGAAAAUCAACCUGUCUAUAAUCUUUGAAAUAUUAUAGACACAACACACACUUUUGUUGGUUAUGUUGUGGGGAAACACAUCUUUAGAAAAAGCCAUGUCUUCUUUUAUUCAUUUUGAUGAGUGAGUUUUUUUAUCAAGGGAUACAACUUGAACUUGCAGUCAAGUAUGACAAGUUUUGCUUAAAGCUCUCUUUAUUGGCGUCGCUACCUUCAAGUUAUGGAGGCUUGGACGGCCAUGUAAUAUAUAUUGAUGUAGAAUCCAAAUUUAGUUCAAGAAGGUUGAUAGAAAUUGGAGCGAAAAGUUUCCCAGAAAUAUUUCUCAUGAAAGGAAUGGCCAAGAAAAUGAGUGGCAGGAUCCUUGUUUGGCGUCCAGCAUCCCUUUCUGAGUUCACUGAGAGACUGCAACAAAUCAAGGUUUCACUUCACCAGAAUGAAGUGAAGUUACUAGUCAUUGACAGCAUGGCUGCUCUUGUCUCGGGGUUUUCUCGAUUUGGAUCCAUCUUCAAAGAAAUAAAGUCCACCAUCUCUCUAGCAUUGCCAAUCGUCUUCCCCAAGAGCUUGCCUCUGCCAUCGAUUGCUAACUUCACAGACUGGGCCCACUCCAGGGAAUGUGAGCAGGGGAUUCCUAGACAACAUCCAUUGGGUUGGCAUGUUUCUUUCAUCAAGUCACUUGCUGAAUUUUCACGAAUUCCUAUUGUGGUGACAAAUCAAGUGAGGUCUCAAAGCUCUGAUGAGGCCUGCCAGUUUUCUUUUCAAGUGCAGAGAUGGAAGGAAACCAAGGAGGAUCAUGCAAGAUAUGGUUCUCAUCUUGUUGCUGCUUUGGGAGUUCACUGGGCUCAUGCUGUAACAAUCCGUCUUGUUCUAGAGGCUAAAUCAGGUCAAAGGUUCCUUAAGGUGUCAAAAUCUCCAAUAUCAGCACCUCUGGCUUUUCCUUUUGACAUAACUGCAUCAGGAAUGUCAUUGUUAAGCGAUGAUGGGAUAGAGCUGACGGGGCCAGAUAUAAACGCAAUUCACAGUCAAGGCCACAGUGACAUUAUCAAUUUUACUGGGGAAAGCUUGCAGUGAACAAUCAGAAUGGAAUCUGCAUGUAGUAGGAAUGUUUGUUGGCAAAGGUAAAACACUGUGUAACAGUUACAGUGACUCAUUUUGAACCAUCUUUCUGGGUUAACUCUGAACUGAAACUGAAUGAUCUUUAACUAACACCUUCGCUAUUUUAGGUUCAUAGUACCUCUUACAAUCAGAAAAUUACUCUGAGAGUACGGAUAACAUAGUACUCUCAUCCUAUCACAACAUGUCAUAUAAUUAAAAUUCUUGUGUAAGUAUCAAUUUAAUUGACAUUAAAUCUUUUGAUAGGAUGAGAUACCACUGUUCAUAAUCCAGGA